UAGUAGUAAUAAAAUGUUCGUGUGACAUGGCUAGAGUUGGGAAUUUCUAAUGGAGUGGACGGUAACUUUUGACUGAAGAAAAGAAAAAUUACAGAUAUUGGCAGUUAAUUUGUGCAACUCUACAAAGUCCAAAAAUCGUAAUUUUCAUACCUUGAAGGUCCAAAAGGAUAAUGAGACUGCUUCACUACUUGAGUCAAUGGAAAUCCAAAGCCAAAGACGGAUUUCAGCAAUCACUUCUUAUUGCCAAAUUCCUCUGCUUAUUACACGUCACCAACAAUUACAUUUGCUCUCCUGUCAUGGUGUACGGUCCGAGUAUGUUACCGACCUUAAAUCUUACCGGUGAUGUUUUGUUGGCUGAACACGUGUCACCGUUGUUGGAUAAGGUGGGACCUGGAGAUGUAGUUCUUGUUCGGUCACCUGAUAACCCUAAAAAGACUGUAACUAAACGUAUUGUUGGUAUGGAAGGUGAUACUGUUACUUUUUUAGCUGACCCUUCAAGAAGUGACCGCUGUGUUACCUUAAAGGUUCCGAAGGGACAUGUUUGGAUUCAGGGAGAUAACAUUUAUGCUUCUAAGGAUUCACGGCAACUGGGGCCAAUACCUUGUGGCCUUAUCCUGGGAAAAGUUUUAUGUAGAGUGUGGCCGCCAGAGGGCUUUGGUUCGUUAUGACAAUAAAAACAAUGCAUUGUAUUGAAGAUAUACAAUUGAAAUGUGAUUCUUUAUCAGUCCUCCUUUCAUUAUUGCCUUCUUUCUGUGAAGAAUAAAUUUUGAAUAAUGAUUGCUAAUUCAUUUUCCUAAGGAUGCUUCAUUUCCUGUGGCUAAGUAGUUUUGAAGUGCUGAAGAGUGAAGAGUUUGUACAUAUUCUAAGGAAUAUUUGGUUGAAGCGAAUCUGAAUUUGAGUUUUAUGUA